AUGGACGACACCGCGCGCACAGAAUACCCGUCCAUGCUUGGAUCCCUCCAGCCGACCCAAGCUGUCCACGUCCUGACCGAGCGAGUAAAGCGGAUAAACAAGAUCAAUGGCGAAAUCGCAGAAUGGCUCCAGGAACGCCGCAAGGUGGAGGAGCAAUACGUCUUGAGCCUCCGCAAGCUACUCCAGUUCAAGGUUCCCAACGCCCAGUCCGAGCUCGGCGUCUUCCAGGCGCCAUGGGACAAGAUCCUCCAGGCCGUCGAUGCAACCGCGCAGUCACACCACCAGCUCGCCGCCAACAUUGACAGGGACGUCGAGGCACCAUUGCGCGCUUUCGGGACCAAGCCGGAGAUGCAGGACAUGAUCGCCACCUCUGGCAACCUCGCCAGCAUGGCGCGCGACCUGGACGAAGCACAGAAGAAGGUCGAGACGUUGGGGAAGAAAGGCACAAAGGGCAAUGCGCAGAAACUCGAGGCCGCCCUGUCCAAACUGAACUCGUCGACGCAACAGUGGGACUCGUCGGCGCCCUUCAUCUUCGAAUCGCUCCAGGCCCUCGACGAGCAGCGCGUCAACCAGCUGCGCGAUCUCUUGACCCAAUACCAGACGCACGAAAGCGACCAGGCCCAACGCAGCCAGGCGACGGCCGCCGAGACGCUGGCCUCCAUGCUGGAGAUCAGCACCGAACUCGAGAUUGCCAGCUUCCAGGAGCGCGCCACGGCCGGAAGGCCGAGGCUGGAGAAGAGGCCGUCGACACGGCAGACUUCGCAUACCGCAGGCGGCCACAGCCAGAGUCAGAGCCUAGCACCACCGAACCACAGCCAGAUGGCCGAUGACACGACAAGCGAGCGAUCUGUGCCUGUCGAGCAUAGGCCGCCACCACCACCCGAGCCCAGGCAAGAGACGAAGCAGGAUGGCAAGACAGAAUCAAAGCUGCGCAGUCGCAUUGGCACGAUGCUUGGCCGCCGACGGCAAAGCGUUCACAGCGGCUUCGGGUCGCUCUCCCCUGGAAAGUCUGGAUCCUUUGGGCGCACGGGUAGCAGCCAUGGCCGACCAGGACUGUCGCCUAGAACAUCGUCAAGCAACCUUGGGGAAGCAAACAACCGCUUGUCCAUGCUACCCGAAUCACCGAGCGCGCCGAGCUCCCAACCGAACCCGCCGCAGACGAUCCGUGAAUCGGAUGAGCAGUCUCCGCAUGAGGGUACCAACGGCGUUGCCGAGACCACUGGUCAGGCAGCACUCAGCCGAACAUCAUCAGCCGCGGUCAACGGCGCAGACACCGUCGAUGUGUCAGACGUCCCUCCUCCUCCAGGACCGCCGCCUUCGCAGCUGCGGGAGACGGAGAACAAGGAUGCUGAAGGUUUCACCGUCCCCCCGCCAGCGACGGAUCCCAUCUCCCAAGCGCAACGGGAAGCAGCCGAGGACAAUGAACAAAUGUUCAAGCUCAACAUCCAGAGCUCGCCGAUCCAGGAAGAAGAUCCUGAAGAGAGCCAAGCUGCUAUAACCAACGUCGCCAGCACCCUAGGCAAGAUGAGCGCGCCAACACGAAAGAUGGGUACUGUGAGGGGCAGGCGGGAUGUUAGGAACACCAUCUACGUCCCCGCACCGCCUGGCCGGGAUCUCACGAACGAGAAUCCCUUCCCAUCGUCGCCGCCGCUGGUCAGCCAAACGUCUCGUCCCUCGGCCGUAGCCACACUGGCUUCCGAGGCGAGCAUCGCUGCCACAUCUGACACGCAGUCCAUUCGUUCGGCCAACUCGCUCAGCAGCCUUGCUCACCAGAAGCACCCCGAAAUGACCGGCCCUGGCCUCAACUCGUCCAUCAUCGAGACCGUGACAGCGUCCUUCGAGGAUGGAGUGGUGAAGAGUGCCAAGAUUAGCGGCGAGAUCGCCUUCUCCUAUCACGGCGACUCGGAUGCGCCAGAAUCUGAGAGCAUUCGUAUCAACAACUUCCCCAACCUCGAAGUCAUUGGACCGAACCGCAUCUUUGUUCACAACGUGUCCCCUGAACAGCCCGAUCAGUUCACACUAAACCUAUCUCACCUGAACAAGACGGCCACAGCUUUCACCUAUCGUGUUCACGAUAUUGCCGGCUCGGACGCGCCGUCCCUUGCGGAGCAUGCACCACUGCUUCUGCGCCCCGUCAAGGUGUCGGGCCCUGUGACGCUUCACAAUGUCGUGUUCGUCGUCACGUAUGAGGGUGCGCGCGCGUCCGGGGCGCAGACCAAGCCUUCCGGUACCCACCUCAAAGAGAAGCAGCUCGUCUACUGGCGUCUCCCCGAGCUCACCCUGACCUCCGAGGUGCACAAGAUCGUCUGCCGUAUCGUCGGAGCCGAGAACGGGGAACCAAAGCCGGGCCACGUCGAAGCUCGAUGGGAGUACACUCCUGCUGAAGGCACCGCCCUCGGCAGCGGCAUCUCCGUGUCCAGACUUGAGGAGUCGAAGGGCAAGGGCAAGGACGUCGCGGCCACAGAAGAUGACCCUUUUGCCGACGAAGAACUUAACUCGCCUGCCCUGCCUGCUGACCAGAGGUGGGUCGACGUGCCACUUGCGCGAAAGGUCGUCAGUGGAAGGUACGAGGCCAAGUGA